GAUGUGAGUUAUCAGAAAAGUAGCACACCUGACAACGAGAAUGAAAGCUCUGAAAAAGAUUCUCAGGAGAAUGACAAGGAUGAAGCAAUAAAGGAUGUGAGUGAUCAGAAAAGUAGCACUCCUGACAAUGAGAAUGAAAGCUCUGAAGAAGAUUCUCAGGAGAAUGACAAGGAUGAAGCAAUAAAGGAUGUGAGUGAUCAGAAAAGUAGCACUCCUGACAAUGAGAAUGAAAGCUCUGAAGAAGAUUCUCAAGAGAAUGACAAGGUAAUGAAAAACUUGGAUAGAGAGAGGAAGAAAGGAGGAGAUAUUUCUGGCGGCUCUACCGGCGACAUCGCCGGCGAGUCCGCCAGAGGAUCUUUUUCAUUAUCAUUUUCGAUCUCAUUAUUUUCUGGGCUAUUUACGGGUAUCGGGGGUGAACAUCAAGGAAAUGGGUUAUUUAGCCGGAGUCGAAGGGCGGAUUUCAUUUUGGUCAUGUGAAGGAUCUUUUGUAAGACUCCAAGGUGGAGAUGGACUACAGGGGAGCGACGAACAAGGAUUUGUCAUAUGUUUGAAGGCAAUAUUCGACGGCGAUCGGGUCUUGGCGACGGAUUGAAGGAUUGGAGACCUCCGGCAAUCCGCGAUGUUAGAUGACCAGGGGUCCAAGAU